ACUAUGUGACGCGCGCCCGUCGCCGCCGCCGUGUUCCGCCGAUUUCGCGAUACCGGGUCGCGCCGGGGUGUGGCCGUGGGUGCAGUGAGAGCGUGGUGCGGUGUGUUGCGGCUAGCGUGCGGCAGCGGCAUGCGGCAGGCCUGCUAGCGGCCGCGGUAUGGCGCGCCGCGCCGCCCGCGACCGCGCCGUCUACUCCACGCACGCACCAUGACCGACCUGCAGGCCACCUUCGAAUUCUCCGUCGAACUGUACAAGUUCUACAAUGUCGACCUUUUCCAAAGAGGGCUUUACCAAGUUCGCGUGGGGCUCCGAGUGUCCCCCAAGGUACCAGUCCACAUCGAGGCUUCGGUAUCCAGCGGAAAUGGAGCCGCGAGGACCGGCCGGCCUGCAGCGAAUGCCUCCCUUAUCGGAGGCCUCGCGGCUUCCAGGGCGUUCCAGAUCAUGUAUAGGAACGAGGAGGUCACGCUUAGGGAUAUCGUACAUUUUAGAGCGCAUCUGUUAGUCGACAGCCGCAACCUGAAAGAGUCAUUAGAGCGUGCGGAGUGGAGUCUAGGCGUCGAACUGUGGUGCAGCGAAGGAGCACAAUCCAAUACACUGGCUCCUGUCUCCUGUCGGGUGCUAAAGCUGCACUUCCAGCCUUCCCACGGUCUUCAUUACCAUCUGCCAGUGCUGUUCGACUACUUCCAUUUGUCGGCCGUCUCCAUCACCAUUCAUGCGAGUCUCGUGGCUUUGCAUCAACCUUAUAUCAAUGCACCUCGCUCGAGUAAGCAGUGGGGAAAGCUGAUGAAGAGUGCCGGCGCAAAUUUCAACACUUCGGGCAGCUUCGAGAACGUACUUUUUGGUUCUGCAGGCAAAUGUACUGGUGGAAACUCUAGCAAAAUCGCACAUGCUAGGCAAGUUCACGCUGAAGUAUGCGGGAUUCUCCUAGGGUCACUGGAAGGGUUGCAGAGUGCACUAGCGAUAUGUGGCUCUGCUGGAGUACUACUCACUCCUGAGGAGUCUACCAACAACUCUGUCGUCGGAGAAGUAGCACAGAGGCUAAAAGAUCUCAACGACAUUAGCAAGAAAUCAGAAUCCGGUGAAGAGGAAGAGUGGGCAAUGGGUCUCGCUCACGACAUCGCGCGACUCUGCGCAGAAGUAACACUGCGAUGGCGCGCAUUCCUACAUCACACCUCCGAUAGACCGCACGUCCAUCACGCACUCGCCGCUAGACAUCAUGCCCUCCGCAUUAAACGUUUCUCCGAAUGCUUCUUCGUGCUGGACAAUCCACGCCACUCGCUCGCCGGCUGCUAUGAUAGCAACUAUCAGUCGUAUCAGAGCGUCGGCGAAGCAGUACGCCGCUCACGAUAUCUCGCGCUACUACCUCCGCUGCCUGUACACUGUAUCGCUCUAGAUGGUGACCCACAUAUCAUGCCCAUCAUCUUUGAAGACAGAUAUCAAGAUACGGCAGAGUUCGCACGGCGUCGUUCAUUCUUAAAUUCCAGCGCUAAUAAAUCUGGUAGCGAUCCAUUUUUAUGUACGGACGCAAUGGGAGAAGAUUGUGAGUGCAGUGUUAUUUCAAAUAUGGAUUCAAGGAGGCCAUCAUCCGAAGCUUCUAGAGUUACUCUUACGCUACCUAAAACGAUUAUUGAUGUCCUUGAACCUCAAUUCAAUACGACUAAAAGUAGCAGUAAUAUUAUGCAAGCAACGCUAACACUUGCACCACAAAAAUCAGCUCGAAGCUCGCCAAAAAGAACCGUUGUGAAACAAAAUGUUGAAGUAUCCAAGGCUUACAACAAACAACUGGAAUUAACAGGAACCAGAUAUAUUGUGCAAAACAAUCAAAUUAGCGAAAUCCAACUUCCACCUAACACAUCAUUUGCUUCAUGUCCAAUACAACAAGGACAGCAAUUGUCUAGGUACUCCGCUUCUACUUUACUAGACAUGAAUGCGACAAAAAGCAGUUCCAACGUUACCCACUUUGCUAGGAACAUAACUGAUGUAAACGAUUUUCGUCAAAGACAUGAAAUUACUAGCGGAGUAAGUACUUUACCAGCUAGACAUAGCAAAUCGCUGGACCAAUUGAGAAUGGCACAAAUGACACCAUUCAGUAAUUCUCAAACUUUAACCAAAGCCAUAAAAAAUAGUUCGAAUACUUCAGUUAAUUAUCCAAAACCUUAUCAGCAUCCGCUACAACAAAUAAAACCUAGUACUCUGCCUCGGAGUGUAACUACUACAGCUUACCCAACGAACACAACAACUAGAUGUGGUUCUAAAGGAGACGACUAUAGAAGAAACAUUAGUGAAUUCAGAGAAAAAUAUAAAAACCCUUGUAAUCUCGUUAACCCGCAUGGAAUGAACAAUGAAGUAUUUCAUAACGUAGGAUAUAAGUAUGAUGGAGGGAUGAAAUCCAAUCCUAAUCAAGUGUACGGCUAUACUUUCGGUAAUCAGGGUACUCUGCCAGUGAAUAAUGUUAUUCGUAAUCCAUUAGAAUUUCAAAGAGGCUAUAAUGUAAAUUUACCCCGUCCUAUGUUGCCUCCACGUAACUCUUACCCACCAGUAAGUGGGAAAACUCAAGUGACUGAUCAAAAUAACUUAGUUUCUAAUAAGCAUGUUCAUAGAUCUAACUCUACACAUGUAUUUCAUCAAAAUAUGGAAAACCAACAAAUUGAUAUUGAAGCGGCACGUAACCAAUUACGACAUGAACUUAAUUAUUAUCUUCAAAAAGGUGAUUGGAGUUAUGAUUUUAAUACUGGAAGUUUAAUACAAAAUUAUCAGAAAAAAUCAAGUAAGAGCAGUGAUGACAGUGGCUUUGUUAUGACAUUAGAUAGAAGCAGUGACUGUACUUCAAAAUCAACAUAUUCCAAAACUCCUCCUUCAACACCACAUUCCACAAUGCCAUCAGUACGCCACAAGAAAAGUCGCUCUAAAGAAUCAAAAUUAAAUAACAGUGCUAAAGAAAAUAUGAAAGUAAAUUCCAGUAGAGAUUCACUUAGUAGUCAUCAUUCAAUUAGAUCACGAGACAGUAAAUCAGAUCGUCAAACUUCAAAGUCUGAAAGAAGUACCCCAAAAUCUGAAAGAGGUACUCCAAGAUCUGGGAAGGGUACACCAAAAUCAGGUGGUAUCACUCCAAGAUCAGGAUUGGCUACGCCAAAAUCUGGAAAAACUACGCCUAAAUCGGGCGCAGUAACACCAAAAAGUGGAAGAUCCAGUGGAAGACCAGAAAAGCGAUCAAAGCAUAAAGCUUCGGAGAAAAUGACUCAGCUAAUGUCUGAAGCAGCAUCAUCAUCUAGUAACGAAAGCAUACCUUUUGAAUUGCGUAGACUUGAAUCAUCUGCGAGUGUUCCAUAUAGUCUCGAUCAUGGUCCAGAAUUAUUGAGACAUUGCCGAAGUGCUGCGUCAGUGUUAGAUGAACCAAACAUUAAUAACACAUUUGGUUCAGAAUCAUUACCAAAUCUUGCACCACCUCCAGCAUUCGAAUCACCUCCUUUAGACAUAGGAGAUAAAGACUUUAAAAUUUUACCUCCAGAAAAUUUUUCAAAUAAAAAUGAAAAACGAAGUCAAAGUAGUUCUACAUCAAGUCUCAGUGAACAGAGCGGAUGGGUGUCAAGUGGAAGAAGUUCAGGCCCAUCGUCGCCAGAUAAUGCCAGUAGUCAAUUAAAUCAAAAUUUCACGCCGCCUCUCGUAACACCCUCUACUUCCAAAGCCACGCCCCAAAAAUAUGAAGAAGAAGCUAAACCAAAGAAGAUUGAUGGAGAAACUAUAAGUGACUUUAAAAGAACUGUUUUAAAUGGCGAACAGUUACGAGAACGUUUAUUGAAAUUAGCCGUUAAAGUGGCCCAGAAUAACACGAAUGAAAAAAUUGAAUGCUGUGAUAAAGAUGUUUGCGAAGAAUGCACCAUAUGUAGCGAUUCCAUUUGUACAGAUAGCCAAUGUGAAUAUAAUAAAUUAAUGCACAGUAACGGUAUAGAUGCAGGAUGUAACUCAGACACAUGUACCGCAAGUUGCUUCCAACAAUUUUCUGAUGUUGCUUCAGUAAAAGCCAAUCAACGACAUAAUUCCUUUAGUGCUGGUCAGGGUAGAUCAUAUAAUGCAAACUCUAAAGCAACUAAUGAAGGAUCUGUGAAAAAGUCUCAGACUGUCGGUGAUAACUUACAUCCUUAUAUUCGAAAGGAAAUUCCUCCUAAAUCUCAGCCAGUAGCUGCAUCUACACAAUCAAGUUCAAUGGACAAAACUAAAUUAAAGGAUAGAAUAGAAUAUACUGAAAAAUUAAUUGCUGCUGAAAUACGAAGUCUUACAGUUGAUAGAUCAUGCAAAUCUCAUAAUGGUAAAAAGAUUCCAUCGGGCCCUGUCUCAGCAGUUCAGAAAUAUCAUAACAAAGCGAGAUCUGAAGUUGAUCUGGCCCAUUUUAUAGGUGACAAUGACUAUGAGCAUUUACCUCCACCUCAACAAUUUAGAGAUGCACCACCGCCUCCUGAUGAAUUUAAGGAUCCCCCUACAAAAUCGCCGAAACUGAGUAGACAGAGCAGCAAAUCGUCUACGCCAUCAAAAACACCACGAAAGCAAUCGGCGCAACCCUCACCAUUGCAAUUAGAUAAUCCAUUAUACCAUGUUUGUGAAGGUAAUUUCACAUAAUAUAUUUAUUUCGCUCUUCAUUUAGUUGAAAAUUAAAAUGCGUUACUAAUUCCAAAUCAAUGACCAUCCUUGUCUAAGA